CUGCCGAGUGACGUCUUUCACGCGCGACGCCAGUCCACAGAGGAACCACGCGUGUUUAUAGAAACAGGUCCUGAGUCUCGUAGAGUCCUGGUUUCAGUGCAGUUUCCGGUCCAUUUAACCCGGGUAAGAUGGGGGACACGAGCCGCCUGUGCUCGGUUUGGCUCGGCUCAGAGACCGGCAUCCUGAAGGGGGUCAGUCUGUCCCGGAAACAGGCCUUCAACUUCUGCAACACGAGCCACCUGAGCCGGGACCAGGAGGUCCGGGCUCUGUGCUGGGGCGACCCGGCUCAGAGCGAGCUGCUGGUGGGCUCCGUGGACGGAACCGUGAAGACCUUCAGCACCGAGAAGGGAUCGUUCACGGAGAGCCGGCGCUGCGGGGGGCCGGAGGAGGGCUGCUUCACCGGACUGGAGGUUCUGGACGGGUCCACGUGGAUCACCUGCGGGGAGUGCGGGACUCUGCGGGUUUGGAGGGAGGACAGCAGCGAGCCCGUGACGGAGCUGGAUGCGGGGAAGAACGUGUGCAGGAUGCGGCAGAGCCCGGCACACCGCCAUAAGGUCGCCACGGGCGGGAAGGACAACAACCUGAAGAUCUGGGACCUUCAGAAACCAGAGAAGCCCGUGUUCACCGCAAAGAACCUGAGAGACGACUGGCUGGAUCUGAAGCGACCGCACUGGGUCAGAGACAUGGCGUUCAUCCCCGACUCGGACAAAGUGGUCACCUGCACGGGAUACCACCAGGUCCACGUGUACGACCCCUCUUCUCCUCAGCGGCGUCCUGUCCUGGAGGCCGAGUACGGCGAGUACCCGCUCACCGCUCUGUCUCUGCCCGCCGACGGGAACACUGUGGUGGUGGGAAACACCCACGGUCACAUCGCCCUGCUGGACCUGAGGAAAGGGUUGGUCCGCGGCUGCUUGAAGGGGCUGGCGGGCGGCGUGCGGGCACUGCAGUGUCACCCCUCCCAGCCCGUGGUGGCGUCCUGCGGCCUGGACCGCUUCCUCCGCAUCCACAGCCUGGAGGACCGCAAGCUGCAGCACAAAGUCUACCUCAAGUCCCGCCUCAACUGCGUCCUGCUCUCCAGCAAGGACCUGGAGGAGGUGGGCGGGGCCAGAGGGGAGGCGGGGUCACAGGAGGUGAAGGAGGAAGGGGAGGGGGAGGAGGACGAGGUGUGGGACACCAUGGAGUGUGUGGAGGAGAGGCAGAAGAGAAAAACCACAGAAGAAGUGACAGACGGGGAGCUGCAGGAGAAAAAGAAGAAAAAAAAGAAGGGGCAGGACUGAGGGGGCGUUCGAGGUGUGAGCAGAGUGUGGGACAUUUGAAAUACCAGAAAGAACUUUAUCUUCCUGGGAGAGAAAGUUAGUUUAUGUGACACUUAAACGUCUGUAUAAAUGUUUUAGUGUGUCAGCCUGCAGAUGUUUCAUGAUCAGAUUUCAUAUUUACACAGACGAUUAAACUUUUAUUUUAACAACCUCGUUACAUAAAGAUUCGGGACGUUGUGUGAAAUGUAAAUAAAAACAGAACGUGAGGAUUUUCAAAA